UGGAGUUGAUAAGGAAAAAGUACAGAGAAUUGUAUAUGAAAUGACAAAGGGUCGAAGUAUUUUGAAAAUGAGGAACGCAAGGAGGCGGAUAUGAGGCAAAGGACUGACAACAUGCGUGAAAGGCUUGGAAAGCUCUCAAUUACUGACAUAGCUCACUAUCAGAAGAUUGCUGAAAGAAGGAUUACCGAAUUAGAAGCCACACGUGACUUGUCAAGAAUUUGGCUUCAUGUAGAUAUGGAUGCCUUUUAUGCCGCGGUUGAGACAUUGAGCAAUCCUUCGCUAAAAGGCACGGCAAUGGCUGUUGGCGGCAUGUCUAUGAUAUCUACUGCUAAUUAUGAGGCACGGAGAUAUGGGGUUCGUGCUGCAAUGCCAGGUUUUAUUGCACGUAAAUUGUGCCCAGAGCUAAUCUUUGUUCCUGUAGAUUUUGAAAAGUAUACUUACUAUAGUACUUUGACUAGAAAAGUAUUUCAGAGAUACGACCUUAACUUCAUUUCUGCCAGUUUAGAUGAAGCAUACCUUGAUAUAAUCGAGGUCUGCAGAGAAAGAGACGUGAGAAGUGAUGAAGUUGCUGAAGAGAUCAGAAGAUGUGUUUUUGAAGAAACUGGUUUGACUUGUGCUGGUGUGGGUCCUAAUCGAUUACUGGCCAAGAGAACUUCAGUGAAAAGCUUGAAUUCUUCAAGUUUGGGAGAUGUAGAAGAUCUUAUACAUAGUUUCAUGAUCAUCAUGUUAGAACAUGUAAUGCGGCAAAAGGAUGGAUGGAAGGUGGGCUUACUUGGUGCAGUACUUAUCUACCUUUAUAGCAGGAAUAUAAUAUAUAAACUUUUACAAAUGUCUUAAGGGAUUGUCUACAGCAUACCUUCGAAAAGAUGUUUAGUUAAAUAUGUCACCACAACAAAAUAAAGCAAAGGUAACAGUGAAAAACCAUUGCCUAAUAUUAAAAAAGUGUUGCCUUGUAGCUAAGGCAACAUAUAUGAGACGUUGCUUAUGCCCCCGUUGUCUAUUCAUAAGGCAACAAAUUUAAAAGCCAAGGUAAAUUCAUGCCUAAGGCAACAAUUUCACAAAGGCAACAAUUAAAAACUGUUGCAACCUUAGGAAACAAUUUAAAAAUGUCGCCUUAUGUCAUAAUAUGCUACAACUUUUUCACGUGUUGUAUUUGCUAGUAACAAUACAAAAGUGUUGCCAAAUAUCUAAAAGGUGACGCUUUAAAAACUGUUAUAUAUAAAUUGAAAGAGCUAAAAUGAAUGGCUAUUUUAUCCUUUUGUAAUACAUUGCUAUAUUGCAAAAGAGUGGAAAUGUGCAGUAUUCUUGUGAAAUUGUUAUACUAGAAAAAUGUUUAAUAUUAAACAUCUAAUUUUUUUUUGGUAAAUAGAAUUUUAUUACCAAAAGAAGCUACAAGCAGCAAAUAAGAGAAUACAAAUAGCCCUUAGGCCUAAACUUCAAAACACCACAAGCCUCUACGGCACACAACCUCAAGUCAAGGUCCAAGGUCCGAAGGCCACCUUCUAGGAAGGGUUCCUAAGGACCUUGGGCCAACAAAAACACGGCCCUUCUGAACUCAAUGAGACCGAGCUACCCUCUAGGAGGAUUACCCAGAACCAAAGGAACAGGACACAAGUAAGCUACCAAAAGGAAUGAACAAAGCAAAUAAGUAGCAACCAACCAAAACAACAACUACAAUUAUACAAGCUUUGAGAAGCCUAAAAGCAUCCAACCAACAACAAAGAAACCAAUAGGGCAUUAACAAUGGAGCUAACAGCAGCAAUAACAGUACCAAAACAGCACUUGAAGCCAGCAAGAAAGAGCAGUUAGCACCAGACAGCAACCCAGCAACAGCAAGCCAUAAACAGCAAGCAAUGGCACCAGAGAUCAUCAACACCAGGUUAGAACAAGCAGGCAGAAGCAGCAGAUCUGGGAGCAACUUAUUAGUGCAAAACCAGCAAGCCACAGCAGUAGAACCCAACUGUGGCAGCACAUGUACCCAGCUGGCAGGCUGGCAGAACAGCCCCAACAACAACCCAGCACACAGCAACAACAAACAGGAACAGCAAGCAAAGCAACAAAAACCAGCAGCACUAGGUUGGAACAAACAGGCAGCAACUGAAACAUCAAGCAGACACAACAGUUGCCAACAACAACAACAUUAAUAAACAAAAACCAGUAGCAAGCAUAAACAGCAGCAGCAACCAGAAAUAGCAGCAGCAGCCAAACACCAGAACCAACAAUCCAUCUGCAACACCAGACAGCAACCUGAAACAGCAACAACACCUCGAGCCCAGCAGGCCAGCUGCUGCACCAGCCAGCAAAACAUCACACAACAGGUAGCAACCAGGAAACAACAGCUAGUAGGAAUAAUUGCUUUUAACUAUACAAUCCCAAACUUAUAAAAGUUAUAUUAGUAAAACAAAAAACAAAAACAAAAGCAGUAAUAACAUUUUUUCUAACACCAAAUCAUCUUAAUAACCUAUUGUUUCAUAGUAUGUUGUAGGCUAUAAUAUUAGUUUAGCUAAUAAAUAGAAGCAAAAAUAUGUCCGAGCUAGGAAUAACAAUAGAAAGAUUAAAGCAAAUUCAAAUUGAAUUAUGACAUCACAUUCUUCUUCUUCCUCUUACUCGCUGCCUAUUACAUCUUCUUCUUGUUCAUUUUCCAUACUAUUCAC